AUGGAGAUGGAACGCAGACAGGCCUUUAAAGUUUUCUUACCAGACUCACUCCUCCAAGCCGAUAAAUACCUGCAGUUGGAAAUCAUCUUCGACGCUACGUUUGGAAUCUCCAAGGACGACGCCAAACCUUUGUUGAGCAUGGACGAAAGUUGUGGUGAGGAACUUAAAGUACAGCAUACUUUGGAAGCCUAUGGAUUUAUUUUUAAUCGUCUCAUACCGGACACAUUUCCACCGGCAUUCAAAGAAUUGCUGGGGACGAUUCGAGAGGUCAAAGACAAAAUUGACAGUGCAGAGGCGGCAUAUGGAGGAAGCGCCGCCAUUGAGGAGGAUGAUGCAUCAACCGCACUGGAUUUGAUUUCCAAAGUUGAUGUUAGAUUGUAUGAGAAAGCAAAGAAAUUAGCUGAGGCUUGCGACCUCGCUUACUAUGAUGAUUUCAAGACUUCUGGGAAAUCUACUUAUCCGCUCUGGGAAUACAAGGAUAGGAUGAUCGCAGAAUGGGAAGACAGAAAAUUGAUGCUAGAGUUUGUGGCGGCUGCCAAGGCCAACGAGAAGAUCUACUGGAGGUAUCUAUGA